GCCACGCGAGGAUGCGACGGAAAUGGAGGAACUAAGACAGGGAAGUGGAGACUAAGAUGGCGGAGGGGGCUGAGAAGUCCUCGGCGGCUCCUGUGUCUUUCGGCUUCACCCGCACGACCGGGAGGAGGCGGUUCCUUGCGGUGACCGGGCAGGAUGGCAGCGAAGCGAAGCAGGAACCCGACUUCCUCUCAGCCAUCGAGGGGAGGGAGCUGCAAAGUGUUCGGCCAGCCCCACAGCCAAAAGAGCUUGUCAUUCCCCUGAUCCAGAAGAACCAGUGGAAAAAGACAGCACCCCUUCCAGAGCAGGACGUGGCCAAUGGUGAUGAGGCCCAAGCCAUCCGUGAGCUCAUAGAAGAAUCCAAGAAGUCACAGGAACAAUGGGAGAGUGGAACCAAACUAGACCCCACAUUUGCCAUCCCACUCCUCAUGCAGAACCGGGUGCCUGAGGGCUAUGAGGAUGGAGAAAAAGUGGACGUCAGCCUCCGCCCAGAGUCGUCAACUGAAGCGGAUUAUGAAGAGGUCCCAGUGGAAGCCUAUGGCCUUGCCAUGCUGAAGGGCAUGGGCUGGAAGGCAGGCGAAGGCAUUGGGCGCACCUUCAAGCAAGAUGUGAAGCCUCCUGAGAACCGUCUUCGGCCCAAGGGCCUGGGCCUUGGAGCAGACCGCUCAGCAGCCCAGGAAUUGGAGCCCUCAGGACCUCGCCGCCCCUUAAAGCCUGGGGAGGAACCUCCAAAGAGCAAGGAUGAGCCCUUGGGAUUGGUUCCAGGGGGUGCAGUCUUCAUUGAGACUGGGCCUCAUAAGGAACUCUAUGGAAAGAUAGAAGGUGUAGAUGGAGAUAAUGCUCGCGUCAUGGUGAAAUUGGCCAUUGGUGGCAAAACAGUGACAGUGAGUCAGCAUGGCAUUCGGCCUGUGACCCAGAAGGAAUACGAUAAGCUGGCCAAAGAUCUAAGCCGCCUCAGCAAGGCACACAAAGAGAAAGAAGCAGAACAGCAGAAUGGUACUAAACUUGAGUCAGAUAACAGAGUGAAAGAAGAGAGAAAGGAAGACAGAGACAAAAAGAGGAAGCACCCAGCAGGUAGUGACAGAGAUGAUCGAUUUGGAAAGCAAAGCAAGGGAAGCAGCAGUAGCAGUAGUAGCAGCAGCAACAGUAAUUCUAGAGUUCCUCACUGGUUGCGGCGGGACCUGCGAGUUCGUUUCGUGGAUAAACUCUACAAGGGAGGAAAGUACUACAAUACUAAGAUGGUAAUUGAAGAUGUCCUCAAGCCAGACACAUGCGUCUGCCGAACUGAAGAGGGUCGGAUUUUGGAUGGGAUCCACGAGUCCAUGCUGGAGACAGUAAUCCCUCGGAGUGAUUCAACCCAGGUCAUGGUAGUACUGGGGGAGCAUGCUGGUCGGGUUGGCCGCAUUCUGCGUCGAGACAAGGGGCAAAGCCGUGCACUGGUGCAGCUACAGCAGGAUGAGGAGAAGCUCUUGACACUGGAGUAUGAUGCUGUCUGUCUCUAUGUUGGUGGUUCGGAAGAGGACUGAGCUUUGCCGCCCCUCCAUGGUGCACAGCACAUGUAGGAUGGAGGAUUUUUAAGAUCCCAGGCUUAAUAUCAAAGAGCCAACCUGCAAUUUGUUGUUAGGGCCAGGUAUCAGAAGUCCUGCGGGGUAAAAGCAGUGGACUGGGAGCUGGGAAAGAAGCUGCCUCCAUAUUCAGAGUGGAUUAACUCAAAGUGGUCUGGAAUAUUUUUUUAAUUGAAUGCUAGAUGUGCAUUUACUUGGGUUUUCUCCAGUAACAUGCAUAGACUUCUGUUUUUUUAAAACCAAUGAUGAUACUUGAGAACAUGAGUAUCAGAAGACAGCCAAAAACAAGUGCAUACAUAAUGAAUGAAACCUACAGUCAAACUGUUGCAGCUCAGUGCUGGUUCCAGAAGAGCAAGAAAUUAGGCGUGCCCAAUAACAAAGCAAUGUAUUCCAGUCUUAAUUCAGAGCCAAUAUUCCACAAUACAUCCACAUCUAGGUGCGGAUUUUUAAACCAGGCUGUGCUAUAUAUAAUAGCUGCUGCCUUGUGUAUCUUUUCAAAAUAUAGAAGGGAGUGGCUAAUUGAGCAGUGGAAGAAAAGUAAAAACGUUUUGAGUAUUUAAAGGUGGAACCUUGGACAUAUGAUUCUCCCCAGCCUUGGCUUUUCCAGAGUGAAACAAUUCAAUUGCUCAAAGACUUCUUUUCACAAGACAAGAUUUUCCGGCCACUAAUACACAGAAGAGACAGUAGCUACAGUAUACAGGAUUUUGAGCAAAACUGAUCCUCUUUCAUGAAGACUGAGCUCUUAGCAAGGCAUAUCCUAAAGAAGGAUGUGCCUUAAAUCAUUCUUGAGCAGUUUCAGACUCUGCACCUGCACAAAGAGGGACAUCAAAAAUGGCUACAGAACUGGCCUUUUACAUUAAGUGGGCCUCUGCAUUCUGAAAUUUAGAACGCUUUUGUGUAGAUUUCCCUCUGUCAGAAGCAUGUGAAGACCCUGUUUUCCGAUCUUUGUAGUGGCUGCUGUGAAAAUGGGCUUGGCAGGAAUGAACUACUUUGUAAAUCAGCUUUUUUGGACAUCAUGCUGGACUUAACGUUUUUUUAAAGUUAACUUGUAUAAGGAGUGAAAUAAACCACUUUUUUCCUC